AUGGACAUCAAGCGAUGGCCGCAAGAGUCCAGGCAGAUCGUGCGGUGUUCGCCAACCUGUCGUUUUGAGGGCUACCAAGACACUCUAUACGUCCAAGCCCACAAACAGUUCUACGAGAGCUGCAUCGUUAGUGGCACAAUUGACUUCAUCUUUGGUGAUGCAGCUGUGGUGUUCCGGAACCGCAUCAUGGUUGUGAGGAAGCCAAAUGACAACCAGCAGAACAUGGUGACAACACAAGGGAGAGAGGACAAGCAACAAGCCACUCGGAAUUGUGCUCCGAAGUGCACAAUCAAACCUGAUGACAAACUGGUCCCGAUAAAGGACAAGAUCGGGAGCUACCUUGGAAGGCCAUGGAAGGAGUUCUCAAGAACCAUUGUGAUGGAAUCAGAAAUAGGUGACUUCAUUCACCCUGAUGGAUGGACAGCUUGGAAUGGAGACUUUGCUCUCAAAACAUUGUACUAUGCUGAGUAUGGCAACACAGGACCUGGUGCCACCACCAAUAUGCGAC